CCAUGUGUGUGAAUUGUAGCAAACCCAAGAAAGACACUGAGUGCAAGACUUCAUCCUUGAGCAAAACAAGGUUUCAAAUAAUGGAAUCUCUGAAUGUGGCAAACACUGGUUUUGCCCUCGACCUUUUCAAACAUGAGUGUAAGACACAAACCAACACAAAUAUCUUGUUUUCCCCUUGGAGUAUUUCAACUACCCUGGCCACUGUGUACCUUGGAGCCAAAGGUAACACUGCAGAUCAGAUGGCAAAGGUGCUUCACUUUAACAAAGUUGGAGGAGCUGGAGUUGACAUCACAACCGUAAAACCACGACGAGCCUAUUCCAAAAUGGAGGAGCUUCUAUCAAAUCCAUGUAUCAGUGUUAAAAAGGCCAAUCUGGAGAACUCAAGCAACAUCCAUGCAGGGUUUCAGGCACUUAGCUCUGAAAUUAACCAACCCACUAAAAAUUACAUGCUUAAAAGUGUCAACCAGAUAUAUGGAGAAAAAUCAUCACUUUUCAAUAAAGAAUAUUUACAAUCGAUUAAAAAAUAUUACCACACAGAGCCACAAGCUGUUGAUUUCAUGGGAGCAGCAGAAGAAGUCAGAAGAGAAAUCAAUUCCAGUGUUGAAUGCCAGACUGAAGGUAAAAUCCAGGCGCUAUUGCCUGUCAACUCUGUUGAUUCACUCACCAAACUGGUGCUAGUCAAUGCCCUCUACUUCAAAGGAAACUGGGCAAAGAAAUUUAAGGAUGGAUUUACAAAGGAACAACCUUUCAGAAUGAACAAGAAUACAACUAAGCCAGUGCAGAUGAUGUUCCAGAGAGAGAAAUUUAAUUGGACCUAUAUAAAAACAGUGCACACUCACAUUAUUGAGCUCCCAUAUGUCAAUAAUGACCUGAGCAUGCUCAUACUGCUACCAGAUGACAUCAGCGAUGACACCACUGGCCUAGAAAUGCUAGAAAGAGACUUGACAUAUGAGACAUUAUCCAGAUGGACCAGCUCAGAAAUGAUGGAGAAAAUGGAUGUGGACGUGUAUCUGCCCAGGAUCAAAAUGGAAGAGAGUUAUGACCUCAAAUCUACUUUGAGCAGCAUGGGGAUGCGAGAUGCCUUCAGUCAGGACCGAGCUGAUUUCAGAGGGAUGUCUGAGAAAAAUAAUCUGGUUUUGUCAAAUGUUUUUCACCAGUGCUUUGUGGAGAUCAAUGAAGAAGGCACAGAGGCUGCAGCUGCCAGUGUGGCUUCUAUGACAUCACGAAGUCUCAUUUCUGCUAUUCAGUUUGCAGCAGAUCACCCUUUCCUCUUCUUCAUCAGGCACAAUAAAACUAAGACCAUUCUCUUCUUUGGCAGAUUCUGCUCCCCGUAACCACUCAGAUUUCUGUUGCUAAACAGGAUCUUGCAGCAGCAGGACUGUACCACAAAGACAUUGCCUUAAGUGUCUAAAUAGCUGGGGUAAUUUUACUUCACUUUCCUGUAUUAUUGGUCAAUCUUUGUAGCUUUGGGAACAACAAAUUAUGCAAAUUACUAAGAAUUUUUCUCUUCUGUUCAUGUGAUUAGAGGACUUGAUAAUGAUAAUAUUGGGCUACAACUCUCAAAAGCACAAUAAAAAUACACUGGUUGCUUUCUAAAUGGCUGUAAAUUGCAGUCUUAGUACUGUUCAACUAUACAGUUUGCCAGAAGCUGGAAAUGAGUGACUGGGGAUGGAUCACUUGAUGAUUACCUGGUCUGUUCAUUCCCUCUGGGGCACCUGGCACUGGCCACUGUUGGAAGACAGGAUACUGGGCUAGAUGGACCUUUGGUCUGACCUAGUAGGGCCAUUCUUAUGUUAUGUUAUAAAGCAGAACAAGUUUGAUAUAGAGAAAUGCAUCUCAGGAAUAACACAAUUACCUGUGCAGGCAUACAAAGAG